UUUAUAGCAUUAUGUACUUGCAGUAAGACGUAAAUAUGGUGCCUCGGAAGAGUUGCUACAACUGGUGGUUGUGGGAAGGACUAGAUUAUUUUUCAUCGUGUUUGACUGUACCAUUCCUUCAUCUGUUAUCACUGUGUCUCUCCUGUUACUGUCAAACAACAUUUGAUCGGCAACAACCCAGAAUACUCUUCUUGAGGUAUGCUGUUGGAGGACCUAUACUGCUGAUGAUGACCAUUAUCUUGUUGCCUCUUGGUUUUGUUGGCUACAUCAUAUGGGUGGCACUAUGCUCCUUCUGUGAUCAGCAACCCUUUAUUUAUGUGGAUUCUGCUGAAAGUCAGUCCUCAGAUGUCACCCAGAAUUGUCCUUCAAGUUUCACCAUCUGUUCAGCAAAUGUGAUUCUCAUUCCUGAGAUUCUUGUGCGAUACAACAAUAAUAGGAAUGUUUACUGGCGGGCACAAGAGAUACCUACAAGGUUCAUGCGCCAUCAGACUCCAUCUUUGAACAUAAUGAGAAAUUUACGUGAACCUGUGAAGAGAGAAGACAUUGUUCAGAGCUGGCUUCCAGAUAUUGAUGUGAUCAUGCUUCAGGAGGUAUUUGAAAGAUUGCGAGGGAGACAGCUUUAUAAGAAGUUCUCCAAGAAAUAUCCUUAUUGCAUAUACAAUGCAGGGGAACACAGUCUGAAAAAUAAUCUCUGUUUAUUGGGAAGUGGGUUGUUUAUAGCGUCUCGCUUCCCUAUAAUGGAAGCUUCUUUUCAUCCCUUCUCCUACUCAACAAAAUAUGCUAAAUUUGUAGGGUAUGGCAUACUCCUGGCCAAGUUUAACCUGGGAGUGAAGAGCACAAAAGAUGAGUCAUUGAAAGCUGUUGGAUAUGUUGGUAAUAUCCACACUCAGGCAUAUCAGGGGAAAGACAGAGUGAUUGUUCACCAGUUGGAAGAGGCCAGGAAUUGGCUGAAUGAAUUUGUCAAAGAGACACAUAACCCACAAGAAGAAGUUCUGAUGUUUGUUGUCUUAGGAGGAGAUAUAAACAGUGAUAAUAUGUCACCAGGAGAUUCAGCAGUUCAAAAUCUCUCAUUUUGGGAAGAAUAUGAAGACCCUUGUCGGGACUCAGCUGGCCAUGAUAAGCCAUGGACAGUUGGCACUGAACAUAGGCAGAAGCUCCUUCACCAUCCAUUUAUGCAAUAUCCUGAAACAUUCAGGGACAUUCUUUUGGAUGACGUACAGCGCAGACACUUCCUCUUGGAUGCUGAUGUAGAGGAACAGACGCCAGACCUCAUGAAAUGCAUGCCUAAACCUGACUCAAAUGGGGUUGUUGGAGCUACCAGUUUUGGUGGACGGCGUCGCGUUGACUGCUUGACAUUACGACGUGAUAGCAAGGUUUCUCCAACCAGCAUGUGGUUUAGCUCAUCGUUGGCUGGACUGACUGAUCAUGUUCCUGUGGCUUUCAUGUUGGAGGAAGUGUAGAUGCCUGUGAUGUUAUUUACAGAGUAACCUGACAAAAGGUGCUAGAAUAUAAGUAAUGUAGCCAAAAUGACAAAACUCUGUUUAGGAAAUACUUAUUGUAAUUUUUUUCUGAUUUGGAUUAGUGUAGAGCUACAAAAUAUGAUUUCUAUGCAUGUUUAUGAGAGAUUGGACAUGCUUACUGUUUUUAGAUCUUUUUGAACAAAUUAUUUAUUUUAGUAUAUUUAUUGUUUAAUGAUAGUGUCAUUAUUUUUGGGUAUGGAAUCUUGAAAAUCUUCUCACCACUUUUUUGUCACUGAAGUGAAACAAAUAACGAUGUGGUUUAGUAUGAGUAUACACAUGCACAAACAUAUAUACAUACACAUGUGGAUUUAUUGAAAAAGAAAGAAGAAGAAAAAGAAGCUGGUGUUCUCUGCUCUCCAGUCCCUCUACUGCAAGUCUCACUUUGUUAACUUUAUGUCUUUUUUGUGAAACAGUUGUUAGUAUGAUUAAGGGCUUUGAUAAAUGACAUAUUUUGAAACUGGGAGUUUCAAUAUUGAAAGUAUUUAAUGUUUAACAUGAAAGUGAAUGGGACUGUAGAAGAAAAACUUCCUGCUGAAACAAGUUGCAGAUAUCUGAAGUGACCAAAUUUUUAACAAGAGAAAAUAAAACAAUUUCUAAAUUUAUUGCCUUUUGUAACUGCAUAAUGUGAUCAUUUGGCAUACAAAUUUGCCCAUUUUCACUUCUGCAUAAAAUGCCAGCAAGCUCAUGAUACUUUCAAAUUUGUUUUGUUUAGUGUCUUUGCAUGGAAUGGAAUAAAAUGAUCUUGUGGCCCUCAUCUUCACUUAAGAACAUUAAAGUCUUUUUGAUAGAGUCCUAAUAAGCUUAUCUGGAUCUAACAUAAGUUGUUAAAUGGUUGUACCAGAAUUCUUUAAUUUUUUAUGUUUUUGGUGCAACAUGCAGGGAUGAAUUUUCACUUCACUGUUUAUAUUUUAUAAUUUGUUAUAGUGAAAUAUUUCAUUAUAAAGAGAAAUAGAAGUAAAUUGAAGGAA